CAGCCACACUCUGAGAGAAAGAGAGAGAGAGAGAGAGAGAGGAAAAAAUGGUUCAACGGCUGACAUACAGGACGCGCCAUAGCUACGCCACCAAGUCCAACCAGCAUCGAGUCGUGAAAACUCCUGGUGGGAAACUUGUCUACCAGACAACUAAGAAGAGAGCUAGCGGUCCCAAAUGUCCUGUUACUGGCAAACGCAUCCAAGGGAUCCCUCACUUGAGACCUGCUGAAUACAAGAGGUCUAGGUUACCCAGGAAUAGGAGGACUGUGAACCGUGCCUAUGGUGGUGUGUUGUCUGGUGGUGCAGUCAGGGAAAGGAUCAUUCGAGCCUUUUUGGUUGAAGAGCAGAAGAUUGUGAAGAAGGUUUUGAAGAUUCAGAAGGCCAAGGAAAAGCAGACAUCAAAGAGCUAAAAGAUGAGAUGAGACAAGCUCUAAUUUCAAUUUUAAUUUGUUUCAAUUAAAUUUUGACUUGAAGAGAUGAUGAAUUUUGCAAAUUAUUAUUGUGAGGUGUUUGUUUAAACACGAAUGAGCAUUUAGUUUUUGGUUUGACUCUUUUUCUUCUUGUCUAUGGAUCUGCUUCAGCUCUUUUAUCACUCAUGCUUAUCCAAGAUAAACCAUUUGCAUGCCAUAGUAAUUAGUAA